AUGAUACCCUCUGGCUCCUGGAAGCUCUGGCCUUGGUUGGUGAUGCUCCUGCUCUGGGCCUCCACCUCUGGGAUGGACGGAGAUGAAUCAGAAAAGACAUGUCCUGCACUGAAAACGGAGGGAUAUCAGUUUAUGCAAAUCAGCAGAAAGGAGCUCAAUGUUUCAGGCUUUGACGUGGGAGCGCGCUUUUCCCUUCGGCGGGCAUCCUGUGAAGGGGGGAAGUCCUGCUUCAGACUGGGGCGUGCACUGCUGAUUAGAGAGACCUUUAAGGUAUUUCCAGAAGGCCUCCCGGAGGAAUAUGCGAUAGCAGCUGUGUUUCGUGUGCGGAGAAAUACCAGGAAAGAGCGGUGGUUCCUCUGGCAGAUUUUAAACCAGCAGAAUGUGCCACAGAUUUCCAUCACAGUUGAUGGAGGGAAGAAGGUGCUAGAAUUUAUGUUUCGAGCUGCUGAAGGAGAUACGUUGAACUACGUGUUUAAGAACCGGGAACUCCGCCCUCUGUUUGACCGCCAGUGGCACAAGCUGGGCAUCAGUGUGCAGCCCCGCACUAUCUCUGUCUACGUGGAUUGCAGCCUGGUUGCAAGCCGCCAGACCAGUGUCCAAGCCACCACGGACCCGCGAGGAAGGACAGCCAUUGCCUCCCGGGCUUCGGAUGGCAGACCUGUGGAUAUAGAACUUCACCAAUUUGUAAUCCACUGCGACACAGACUUCUUAGCUCAAGACCUGUGCUGCAGGGACCCGGCUGCGUGCUCAGAGCAGGCAGAAUUUGGAAAUCCUGUUGCAUCAUCCGUAAUGGCUCAUGCUGGCAAGAGUCCUCCAAAUCUGCUGAAGCAGGAACUGAGAAACCUGUGCCACUGUGUGCCAGAGCAGGGAGAAGCAGGCUUGCCAGCACCUCCGGGUUCACCUGGGCAGAAAGGAGAGAAAGGAGAGCCGGGUGAAAAUGGUUUACGUGGUGUUCCCGGCUUACCUGGACAAAAGGGUGAACUUGGAGCAAAAGGAGACCCAGGUGUGCCUGGCUUUAAUGGACAAGAAGGUUCCAAAGGUGAUGUGGGUCCUGUCGGCCCACCUGGACCUAAAGGAGAAAAGGGUGACAUGGGACCCCCAGGACUCCCAGCCUUAACUGUUUCCGAGGGACUUCGAGGCCCCCAAGGCCCCCCUGGGGAAGAAGGUCAGAGGGGAAGACGAGGCAAAACAGGACCCCCGGGAAAGCCGGGACCCCCAGGGCCCCCCGGACCUCCUGGUUUACAAGGAAUACAGCAGACCUUUGGCAGCUAUUUUAACAAGCUGCUCUGGGUGAAAGCAGCAUCAACUCCUGCGGUCUUCAUCCCUGCUGGAUUGGUGGAUGGCCGACAGGGAAAGCACCCUGAAUGCCAGUGUGGAAACCUCAUCCCACUCAAGGACUUCAGGGGUGAAACCGGGCUGCCAGGGUUCCUGGGGUCUAAAGGACAAAAAGGAGAACCUGGAGAACUGGGAGACACGGGUCCACCCGGCUGGCCGGGGAGCCCAGGACUGAAGGGUGAGCAAGGACCGCCCGGCACCAUGGGGCCGCAAGGACCGUGGGGAGACGUCGGAUUGCCGGGGGAGCCGGGGACUCCAGGAAAGCAAGGCGAUAAAGGAGAGAAGGGGGAUGCAGGCGGGACCACAGGCCCCCCAGGACUCCCAGGCCCAAAAGGCGAGGCCGGCCCUCCAGGGAGAAGCCUGCUUGGGGAACCGGGGUUAGAUGGACGGCCUGGAGUGCCUGGACCCCGAGGCCCAAAGGGCGAGCGAGGGCUUCCCGGGAUCCAUGGCUCCCCAGGGGACGUGGGGCCCCCAGGGGUAGGAAUUCCCGGCAGAAUGGGCUCCCCGGGACCAGCCGGAGAGCCAGGUGUUCAGGGCCCACGAGGUCUCCCUGGGCUGCCAGGAGCCCCCGGGAAUCACGGAGCUCCGGGGAGAGACGGGAACCCAGGCCCCCCGGGCCCACCAGGAGAGCCGGUUGCACUGCCUCUCCUGGGAGAUGUCGGCGCCUUGCUCAAGAACUUCUGUGGCAACUGCCAAGCCACUGUCCCUGCCGGGGAGCCUGGACAGUAUGAGUCUGUGGCCGGGAAGGGUGACAUGGGGCCACGUGGGCCUCCUGGGAUCCCGGGAAGGGAAGGACCACAGGGAAGCAAAGGAGAGCGGGGUUACCCCGGAGCACCUGGGGAGAAAGGCGAUGAGGGUCUCCAAGGAAGCCCGGGCACCCCUGGCACGCCAGGCCCAGCUGGGCCUCCUGGCUCGUCGGGGAGGAGCGGACACCCAGGGCCCAAGGGCGCCAAGGGAAAUGAGGGACCCCCUGGGAUCCCUGGACCUCCCGGACCUCCUGGGCCACCUGGUAUGUACUUCAGCGACAGCAACGGCAUGGGCAGCUUGUAUAAAAUCCAGGGAGGCGUGAAUGUUCCCAGUUUUCCAGGACCGCCUGGCCCCCCGGGUCCAAAAGGGGAUCUUGGCCCAAUGGGAGAGCCUGGUGCCAUGGGGUUGCCAGGACUGGAAGGAUUUCCAGGUGCAAAGGGAGAUCGAGGCCCAGCUGGGCCACCAGGAACAGCCGGGGCAUCGGGAAAGCCCGGCCGUCCAGGUCCACCAGGAGCCCCCGGUGAGCCGGGCCAGAGAGGACCCAUGGGAGACGUGGGCUUCCCUGGACCGGAGGGGCCCAUGGGAAAGCCGGGAAUGAAUGGAAAAGAUGGAUUACCAGGGGCUCAGGGCAUCACAGGAAAGCCUGGAGACAGAGGUCCCAAAGGAGAGCGUGGUGACCAAGGAAUCCCAGGAGACAGAGGGCCCCAAGGCGAGCAGGGAAAGCCAGGCCUUGCAGGCACAAAGGGGGCCCUGGGACCUGUGGGGCCUCCAGGAGACAAGGGCUCUGCCGGACCCCCAGGCCACCGAGGCCCCCCUGGCUCCCCCGGCACUCCGGCUGAUGCUGUUUCAUUUGAAGAAAUAAAAAAGUAUGUCCAUCAAGAGGUCCUGAGGGUUUUUGAAGAGAGGAUGGCUGUGAUCCUGUCUCAGCUCCAGCAGCCGGCAGCAAUGUUGGCCGGGCAUGCCCAUGGGAGGCCCGGCCCUCCAGGGAAGGACGGGCUGCCCGGGCCCCCAGGAGACCCCGGACCCCAGGGCUACCGAGGACAGAAGGGUGAAAGAGGUGAACCUGGAAUUGGGCUGCCAGGGAGCCCUGGGCUUCCAGGUUCCUCAGCUCUGGGUCAGCCAGGUUUACCAGGUGCCCCAGGCCCCCAGGGCCCGCCAGGCCCCAGCGGGCGAUGUAGCCCAGAAGACUGCCUCCCUCCUGCACGGAAGACCCCACAUGGACAGGCAGGACAUGGACACACCUAA